GGCCCUUCUCUGCGUCGGGUCUGCGCGGGCAGGUCGGCCUGUGGGCGGGCUGGCUGCACACAUGGAUGACAGCAAGGUGGCUGGAGGCAAAGUCAAGAAGCCGGGCAAGCGGGGCCGCAAGCCAGCCAAGAUUGACCUGAAGGCCAAGCUCGAGAGGAGCCGUCAGAGCGCGCGCGAGUGCCGAGCCCGCAAGAAGCUGCGCUACCAGUACCUGGAGGAGCUGGUGUCGGGCCGGGAGCGAGCCAUCUGCGCGCUGCGGGAGGAGCUCGACAUGUACAAGCAGUGGUGCGCGGCGAUGGACCAAGGGAAAAUCCCCUCUGAAAUAAAAGCCCUGCUUACUGGAGAGGAGCAGGGCAGAGCUCAGCAGAACGCGGCCAAGCUCGCCAAGAGCGGGAAGGCGGACGCAAACGGCAGCGCUCCCUGAGCCGGACGCAGAACCGUGAGUGCUGCAGGACAGAGAGCUUGGUGGCCAGCAGAAGAAAGCUGUUACCAGCGAAGCAGAUGGAUCCCGUGGUGCAGGGGGAAGGAUCCCAGUCUGUGUCCUCUCUUUGCUCCUCCCCACGUGGAGCUCCUCGGCUGUGGUGUUUCGAGGCCUGCCAGGAGUGGGGCUUCUGGGGCAGUAGGUGUUUGUAAGAGCAGAGCCUUGUUCUUUCUGUCUCUACCCCUUCCGCCCCAAACACAACUGUGGCAGCUUUUCGACAUUCCCAGAAAGGGGCAGGGGCUGCUCCUGUGUCAAAAGCCUGAGCCCAGAACUAGCCUGCCUGCGCGGUCAGCAGUUGUGGGGUCAGUAACUGCUGUGGGAGGGCGAGAGGUUCCGUGAAGGAAAAGCGGAAGGAAGAUCCCGUAACAGCUUUGAUAAAGUGGAGUACUGUAGGUCAAGGGAAAGGCACUUUCUGGACUCUCUCAUUGAAUAUUCUAAGCUUUCAGUAAGAGGGUUUGUAGAGAUGUAAUUUGUAAACUAAAUAAAAUACUUUCAGCAUCCUUUUAUAAAGCUACGUGCAUUUAAUGAUAUUGGUGCUUUAUUGCUGCUAAAGAGAGGUACUAGGUAUAUCCCCUGCCUUUGUGCAUAUUUCUAUUGCAGAAUGUAUUUUCUCUAUAUACCUCUAGUAUAUAAUUAAGGCAUCUCCAUUCCCACUUUUAGCAAUGGAACAACUGCUGUCUACUCCCACCCAUCAUGCCCAGCUAUUUUUCUGUACACAGCUGCAUUUGAGAUCUAUUUUCUUCCCGGGACUUGAUAUAAGCUCUGCUAUAUUUGCCUGAUUUCUCAGCCAAAGAAUUGGUCCCAAACCCAAGAACUGGUAGUGAGGAAAAAGCGGAAUCAGUUCAGUCUUGCGGUAAGAUAAGGGAUGGCAAAAGCCUUGUGGGAUGAUGAUUCACUCAAGGCAUUGAUAGAUAACCUGCCAUUUCCUUUAGACUGCACCACCUCCACUCGAUGCACUUUUGCAUGUAGAUGAUGCAGUGUGAAGCAGCAAAGGGCUCGGGAUUUUCAGUGAGACUUUUGCUUGUCCUUUGUUUUGCUCGUGACAAUAUCUUUCUCUGUACUUUAUGAAAUGCAUGGAACAUUUUUCAAUCUUGUGUUUUCCU